UUUCCUCGUUUGCUCUCUGUUUCUCGUUUCUUUUCUCGCGCUCUCGCUCCUUCUCUCUCUCUCUCUCUCUAUCCCGUGGCACGCGAGUGCGAUCGGUGCAGCAGUGUGCUUAAGCCAGUGCGACGUGCGACGUUCUCACUCGCGGAUCUCGCGCUACGGAUUGCUCCGCGCUGUGCUCGCGCGAUAUGAUAGGUGUCCCGACACGGUGCCGCGCGCACGUUAUCAUUGCGAAAAGACUGUCAGGAGUGCCUUAACUAACAAAAACUUCUCCGUAACCCGCCUCGGUUACGACACGACUAUCGUUUACCGUUAAUGUCACAGCGAGGACCUCGCGCGGGGAAAGUGAGAGAGGCGCCGCGGCGCCCCUCGCGACAAUAAGCGAGAAUUAAUCCUCAUCGUGCUCAACGUGGUAGUAGUUUCCGGUAACUCGCGGAAGCGGCAGAAAUCGGAGAGUUCGCCGUAAGGAUGCUGUGCGGUUUCGCAGAGCUCGAAAGGCUGCGAGUCAAAUCACGAGCUUGUGACAGCGUGCCCAGCUGAGAAUGUCGGAUCAGAACGGGCCCAAUGAGGGCCCCCCAGGACCAGGACCCGGCUCGGAUUCGGGCUGGUGGCAAAGCACGCAGACCUGGAAAUCGUCGGCGACCGCCACGUCGUCGACCUCGUCGAUCUCCACUUCAAUAGCGGGUUCCGCCUGCGUCUCCGUCUCCUGCGUCGCGUCCAGCUCAUCUACGACGAGCUCGUCCACGUCGACCAACUCGUCCGCGACCUGUUGCCUCUCGUCGUGCAUCGGUGUUUCCUGCACGAUGAGCCCGAGCCGCUCGACGGAAUCGGGCAAGAACGUAUCCGUCACUACUAUUAACGUGCCCAAUCAAGAGAUGCACGAUGGUAAAGGGAUGUGUAAAUAUCUUGGACGACAGAAUGGCGUAACAGUGUCAGUGGUGUCGACUUCCUCCCUGCUGGCUUCCCCCCUGGGAGGCGCGAACGCAGUGCCGACGGGCGGAAUCUGUACAAAUACGGGAGCAGCGCAUAAUAUCGGAAUCAGCGGUAUCCUUGCCGCGAACGCGGCUGACGUCGACGACGCGGAGGACAGCGACGGCGAGAUCAGCAAGAUUGACUUCCGAGGUGUUAAUCUGCGCUCGAAGAAGAAACGCGAUGUAUCGAACAGCCAGAAUGGCGACAAGAUCGGUGACGGGGACGCGAAUGGCGACGGCGGCGCGUGCUGCGACGAUAAUUCGCAGCAUCAGCCCGAGAGACCUAUGUCGUGGGAGGGAGAACUGUCGGAUCAAGAAAUGUCUUCCAAUACAAUUACCAAUCAGGAUCAAAACGAGGAAACGUCUAUGGAGGGGGUUCAGGUAUGCAGCGCGAGUCCUGGACCUAUGGAGCAGAAGUUUCCAAUUAAAUCAGAGCCGGAUUUUCGAUCCAGCUCGGGUUUCACGAUAGGAUCGUUUCACGAUACCGGCCUGCCCAUGACACACAAUCAACAGCUGCAGCAACAGCAGCAGCAGCAACGCGGUAUCGAAAAUCUUGAACAGACUCAACAGAGCGACCUGCCGCUUCUCGGCGGAUACAACAAUUCAACGCCCAAUCACAGUCCUGUUCUCAAUCCGCGACAUCAUUUAACUAAGCACAGUCAUACUAGAUCCCAGGUACCGUCGCCAGACUCCGCUAUUCAUUCCGCAUACAGCGUCUUUAGUUCGCCAACGCAGAGUCCUCACGCGGCGCGACACUCAGCCCUAGGAGCGGGCAGUCCGAUACUUUCCUCGUCGUUAUCCUUGUCCCGGCAUAGCUUCAAUAACUCAACCUCCUCCCUGUCGCUAUCGUUGUCGCAUUCACUUUCGAGAAACAACUCCGACGCUUCCAGCAGCUGCUACAGCUACGGCUCACUCAGUCCGCCCACGCAUUCACCCGUUCAACAGCCAAGACAUCCGCAUUCGCAUUCGCAGCAUCACCAGCAUCAGGUGACACAAAGUAGUCCGCUGCAUCUGCCAGCUUCGUCCGCCGUUGCCGCGCAUCAUUAUUCAUCUUCUUCCGUGCCAGGCUCGGAACUGUCUCCGGACGGUCAUCCCGUCACGGAGGAUCAGGAAGACUGCAGAAUACCCUCGGCAUCGUCAGGUAUUUCUACUAGGCAGCAAUUAAUCAACAGUCCCUGUCCGAUUUGUGGCGACAAAAUAAGCGGCUUCCAUUAUGGAAUCUUCUCGUGCGAGUCAUGUAAAGGAUUUUUCAAGCGCACCGUCCAGAAUCGUAAGAACUAUGUGUGCCUUAGAGGCGCAGGCUGUCUGGUCACCGUAGCUACAAGAAAGAAGUGCCCGGCCUGCCGCUUCGACAAGUGCCUCAAUAUGGGUAUGAAGCUCGAGGCGAUCAGAGAGGAUCGUACCAGAGGCGGUAGAAGCACUUAUCAGUGUACGUACACUUUACCGGCGAAUCUUGUUGGUUCUGCUGGUGGUAUGGCUAACGAAAAGCUGACGGUAGCGGGUAACUGCAGCCCGGCGCCAACCGGAAGCGAACACCAUUACUCCGCUAGAUAUCACUCGAAUCAUUCGCACAAGAUGCAAGUGGUGCCUCAACUCUUGCAAGAUAUCAUGGAUGUGGAACAUCUCUGGCAUUACAACGACAACGAACGAAUAAGCGGCAGUCGCGGAUUACCCGGGAAUACGAGGAACACCGUUACUGGUCAUGAAAACAUGUCACUCGGCGGAUCUGGCAGUGCUUCGGCGUCCAGCGGUAUCGAGACUGGGGGUAUUGGGGCCGGAAAUAACGGAAGCGGGGUGAAAUGUUCGUCAAAUGAUUCCAUCAACGCCGAUAGCAACAACAUACAGGGAGAAUCGGUUAGCCCCGUCGUCUCGUCUUCCACAGGGGCCGAUCAACGUUCCACAAAUGGCAAUACUAACAAUAAUAAUGGCAAUUCUCAAGGUGCCAGUAAUUCCAACGGCAAUCCAACGCAACAUCCGGAUUUUCUGUCUAAUCUGUGCAACAUUGCGGAUCAUCGACUGUACAAAAUUGUUAAAUGGUGCAAGAGUUUGCCCUUAUUUAAGAAUAUCUCGAUCGAUGAUCAAACCUGCUUGUUAAUCAACUCCUGGUGCGAGCUAUUACUUUUCUCAUGUUGCUUUCGCAGCAUGAGCACUCCCGGUGAAAUAAGAGUGUCUCUUGGCAAGUCGAUUACUCUGGAACAAGCGAAGCAGCUUGGUUUGGCGACUUGCAUCGAGAGGAUGCUCGCUUUUACCAAUAAUCUGCGAAGGCUGCGAGUAGACCAGUAUGAAUAUGUUGCGAUGAAGGUGAUCGUGCUGCUAACGUCCGAUACGAGCGAACUAAAGGAGCCGGAAAAAGUCAGAGCUUCUCAAGAGAAAGCCCUUCAAGCGCUGCAGCAAUACACAAUCGCAAGGUAUCCGGAGAUGCCUGCCAAAUUCGGUGAACUAUUAUUAAGAAUUCCAGAUCUGCAAAGAACAUGUCAAGCAGGAAAAGAAUUGCUCAGUGCGAAACGCGCCGAGGGAGAAGGCAGCUCGUUCAACCUUUUAAUGGAAUUGUUAAGAGGAGAUCACUGAAAUUAAUCAACAUAGUGAAAACAUGCCAUUCCACGCUUAUAGGGUCCAUAAGCUUAGGGAAUCGGAUAUUAAUAGAUAACCGCAGAGUAAGAAAACGAAAAAAACGGCAGAUGUGUAAGUUCCAUAGCAACAUUAGUACUCGGUGAGGGGACUGCAUUCUUCGUAAUUGGGAUGCAUUAAAUUAAAUAAAGAAAAGAACUUUUGUAUAUUUCACACCGGAAUGCUUCCAUACAGGGUGAUGCGUGUUUGCAUUCCUUGUUUUGAAACAAACGAAUUUCAAAGCGGCCUACGGUAGUUGCAUACCUGUAGAUGCUAAUGAGACUGAAAGUAUAAAUUGCAACGGAGAUGCAUGCAGAACUUUACUUUUACACCGAUAAGCGUAUAUGAUAAGCGUUGUACAGAUAUAUACGGAGAUGGCAUCAAAAAAAAAAAAAAAAAAAAAU